AUGGCCUCGUCGUCCGGCAACGACGACGACCUCACCAUCCCCAGGGCUGCCAUCAACAAGAUGAUCAAAGAGACGCUGCCCAACGUCCGCGUGGCGAACGACGCCCGGGAGCUGGUGGUCAACUGCUGCACUGAAUUCAUCCACCUCAUCUCCUCCGAGGCCAACGAGAUCUGCAACAAAUCGGAGAAGAAAACCAUCUCCCCGGAGCAUGUCAUACAAGCACUAGAAAGUUUGGGAUUUGGCUCCUAUAUCAGUGAAGUAAAAGAAGUCUUACAAGAAUGCAAAACAGUAGCACUAAAGAGAAGAAAGGCCAGUUCACGCUUGGAGAACCUCGGCAUUCCGGAAGAAGAGCUACUAAGGCAGCAACAGGAAUUAUUUGCACAAGCUAGACAACAGCAAGCAGAACUGGCGCAGCAGGAAUGGCUACAGAUGCAGCAAGCAGCUCAACAGGCACAGCUCGCUGCUGCCUCAGCCAGUGCAUCCAAUCAGGCAGGAUCCUCUCAGGAUGAAGAUGAUGAAGAUGAUAUCUGAAAAUCACCAGCUGAGUUGUCUUACUAAGAAAUACUUUUCCUGCACAACGAAAACAGUGAAAUGAAUGCUUACCUGUAAGUUUGUAUGCAUCGUGGACUGGCAGUUGGUAUUCUAGGGGUGUCUGCUGUUGUGUGCUGUACAUGUAUAAACUGUCUUUUUUCGAACUCUUGAAGAAUUAAGGUUCAGUAUCAUAUCAACUUUGGAUUUUUAAUGGUGUAUAUGGAAAUUUUAGAUAGCGGUGCGUCAUUUAUUUGAUCAAUAAACAGUGUUACAAUAAACAACAAGUUUAUAAAAUAUAGUGAGAUUUAUACAAAAAGCUCUAAAUCCACAUUUGCAUUUCUUCCCUUUUAACUAAACUAUAAAAUCUUACUUAGAAUUUUUAAUUGUUUUUGGGGGAGUGGUACAGUAGACAUAAUCUGUUAAUGGGAAAAAGCAGAGUUCAGCAUAGAAGAGCCUGAAUUCUUAGUUCUUUUUAAAAUGGCAAUAAAGAUUAUAUAUGCUCGAAUACCACACUGGUUAAAAUUUGAAAAUGAUACAUUUUCACCAAGCUAGGAAAAGGUAUGUUUAAUAGGAGUUGUACAAAUUCAAUCAUUUUUUUGUAUAGGGGUGAAAAAAAUAAACCCAUGGUUUUAUCAUGACAUCCUUUGACAGUCCUAACUGAUUAUUUCUCUUCAAAGAGACUGCCUGGUUUGAAGAACUAACGUUUCUAUUAUUUCACUCCAGUUUAAUGUUAACUGUUGUUGAUGGUAUUUUGUAGUCCAGAUUUAUUCAUAUUGUUGAAAUAUGAAGCCGGAACUUAAUGAAACAAAGCUGUUUGUUCCGCUGAUGUGACUGGGAGUGAUUAAGUAUUCAAGCCUAAGAAGGCAAAAGCUGACCUUAAGAGCAUGCUUAUCAUAAAAGAGGGAAUUUAUUUAACUUUGAUUAGUCCUUGUUGUCAGCAUAAUGCUAACAUUCUCCAGACUAGGUUGCCACUGGAUUACUAAAAUACCUUGUUGAAAGACAGCAAUUUAUUCAGACUGGUUUGUAGGUAAAUCUAGGUUUUUGAUAAACUGUUCCCCAAGAGUGAUCAGCAAUACAUGAAACAGAAAUUAUGUACUUGUCCUUUCGAUAGUUCUGUUGAUUUAAUGGAUGAGCAGCUGUCCUUUGUGUUGAAAUAAAGCACAGUAGUGUCCAUUGCUGAGUUUUAAUGUGUUACUUGAAGUAAUACUGGCAUAUCUUCUGGUACACUAAUCUGAGCAGACUAGAAAAGCCACUUGCAUGCUGCUGUAGAUGAUCUCUAUCUAAUAAUGUGGAUUGUUCUAUUAACUUAUGUCCUCAGCAAGCUGGUCCAGUUAGAGUUCUUGAGGAGGGCUGCAGCAGUCUGUUUACAUAAGGAUGCAAACAGAAAAUGGUGAGCCCAUUUUUACAUGAAGAUCUGGACAGGAUAUAAUUGGCAUAUAUUCAGAUCUCAGUCACAUAGUGACUUUUGGUUUAAAUUUGGGAUGUCUUAAGUUGCAUAUUGGAUAAAUGCAUUAGUGCAGUGAAAACUCAGAAAAGUAUUUGUUUGAAUGUUUAAGUUUAAAAAAGAAAAACAAAACAAAAAAACUUUUGUGGAUACUAUAUGACAGAUGUUAGGCAAGGUUUGACCGAGGAAGUGGUUUUCUGUAAAGGUUUAAGUACCAAAGGUAGAAAAUCUAGUCUAGUGAUACAAUGUUAAUGUGCAGUGUUGGCUUUUCUAAUUUGUACUGUAACACCUUCACACUUUCUAUUUUAAAUGAGUCUUUUCCUUCUAAAUAAUACUAGGUAUAUUUUCACACCUUUCUUUUCUGAUGCAGAAAUCAGGUUAACAUUUUACUGCAUCUGGUAUGUAUGGUGUAAUAUGUUUGGAUUCUUGUGACCUUUCUUUUUGGACAUUCUUGUGCUUUUUCAUAUGCUGUAUUCUUCAAGCAAUAAAAUUCUGAUGUGUUUUUAUAAAA